UAUCAAUCAGCCUAUGAAUGGCAGGACAUCUAGUGAUGCUAUUGCUCACAUUGGCGCCAGUGUUCCCACCAGCUACCGGCAGUCUGAAAACCAAACUCGGCUGUCACGCUCCUAAAUCUAUCGAUGGACCCAAAAGUCCCUUUACAGGGCGCAGGGCCUCGCCCUCUCUCCAGUUCGUUUCUGUGUUUACAAGACACGGGACAAGAGGACCUUUGGGAGACUUCCCAGAAUUCCCCUACCCUCUCAGUAACGUCUCCAGCUGGCCUUAUGGACAGUCGCAGCUUACUAUGGUUGGGAGAGCACAAGCUCACAGGUUGGGAGCCAAGAUCCGGGCUUUGUACAACGAGUUUUUGAGUGAGGACUACAAUGAAAACUAUAUAAAGGCUUACAGCACUCUAACUGACCGGACGUUCAUGACGGCAGAACUGUUUCUGGCAGGGCUGUAUCCACCCCAGGAGUACCAACUAUGGGACGAAAAGUUUCCCUGCCAACCAAUUCCAGUGUAUCCAAGUACACUGGAUAAUAUCGAGGUUGUCCUGUCUCCAAAAUCUUGCCCUCGAUUUAAAAAGGCGUACGACCGAUCACUGUCUAACUUUGAAAAGGAAUUCUCUCAGAACAUAACGGAUAUCAUGUACUACGUGCAGCCCUACACUGGUCUUUCUGUCGACAACGAGACCAUGACGUCAUUGCGACACUCAGUAUUCAACCUGUGGGAAGCUCUCUGUACUGUGCGGGAUCUAUUCAAGAUCUUGAUAAAGAACGAUUGGGAAGCCAAACUGAACAGGUACCUUGACUUCCGGACAGAAAGAUUCAUCCUGCAUCUCCAGUCAAUUGACGGGCUCCCUCCCUUAUGGGCGCUCCAAAAAACAUCCUCCUGGGAGUGCUGGAGUACGAAUCGGCUCACCUUGGAUUUGUGGACACAGGGAUCUGCUCUGAUUUUCCGAACUCCACAAGGACCCCCUGUCACCAGUCUAGAGUGA